AACUCGACAAAGCUAUAGCUGGCAUGAACAAAGGAAUCGACAAGAAAGAAGAAAUGAGAUUGAUGAUGGCACCUUACGCAAACUGGGAUACCUUUCUCACGCCAGCUCCUCUGUCCAUCGCUUUGCUGGGACAGUUAAUUCUUAUUUCUUCGGAUGCUGACUUCAGUCUUCAAGACAAGAAAGAUAGCAUCAAGUUUGAAUUUCUGAAAUACCCUGAUUCGUUUCGUGCCUGUCUAGUGCAGGUCAGCAACAGAGGAUGGGAUGCCUUUAACAAGGCACACACUUCCAUGGAUCAGAUCCGUCUGUACUCAAACAAUGUCGACAAGCACGUCAAAACAGCAGUGAAGUUUCUUAUCACAGGGUCAGCUGAAGAUGUCCAAUCGAUGGUCCCCGAUGCGCUAAAAAACAUUGACGUGAUCGCUGAUGAUUGUUUAGAGUUGGCCACGUCGGUUGAAAAAGAAUUCGUUGCUGUGAUGAAACUAAUUGCGGAACUCCUUGAGGCGUGUACACGAGCGAAGGGUCAACAUGAAGAGGAUUUGAAAGCCGCAAAGAUCGCUCGUGAAGUUGCGGAGGAGCAUAUGAAAGCCGUUAAAGAGGAGAAACAACAAGCUGUAAGUAGACGAAAUGAAAUGGAAAAGCAAAUGAAGGAGGCGAAUGAAGAAUUCAAAGAUGCCAUUAAAUCAAUGCCUGGCGCAUGGGAUAUCAUUGGAAAAGCUUGCGCUGACACCAUGAUCAGUGCUACUCGCAUCGUUGGCACCAUACCAAGUAUGAUGUUGGGAAAACUAGGCUUAAAAACUCGUUCCUCACAAGAAUCUCAAGUCAAUGAGCCCACAAGAGAUUCAAAUCGUCCACAACAUUCUGAAGGCGCAUUGGCGAUUUACAAAAUCGUGCCUGAGGUUUACGGCCCAGUGGAAACCCUUGUAACACUUGCACAUGGUGGCGAGGUCAUGAAAGGCGAUAAAAAGGCAAAGCAUGGAGUAUUACGCUCUAUGAAGGCACUUGAAAGCAUUAAGAGAAAUCGAUUGGAAGAAGUAAAUGAAUCAUCGAUGAAAACGAGAGUGCUGAAGCUGUGCAAAGAUGCCAUUGAUCUUUCCCAAGCCUUGUCUAAGAAACCACAACUGCAAUAUUCAGAGGAAGACAUUGAAGAGAUACAUUUGCAAGCAGAUAUGCUCCUCGAAGAGGCCCGCAUCUUACAAGGUGUAUCGCAUUCCGUUCUUGGUACCAACGCCCUUCCAAAUACAUCUCCAAAUCUUGCCAAACAGCCAGCGUACAACAGCGAUGGUGGGUUAGUCCAACAAGCAUUGGACAGUUAUCGAUUCAGGACGGAAACAGCGAAAGAAAUGUUGAAGGAUUCUCGUCGCGCAUACGAGGCAUCUUGUGAUGAGGUUGCGAAGAAAUCAAGAGAGGUGACCAAUCUUCUUGUCGAAAUGAAAGAACUCAACUUAAAAGAGAUAGAUAUGGAAAAAAUCAGGAAGACGUUGGUUAAAGGUAUUCAAGCUCUCGGUGAAUUGCGAGAACAGUGGGGCAAGCUGGUUCGGUUUUUCCAGAUGCUAUCCAAUUUAGUCAAGUGUUGCCUGAGUACCUCCCUCAAGACCUUUGUGCAAACCUCUCGUAACAGAUUGGACCAAGGUGACAGUGGCAUGUCUGCUGCCAUGCGUGACGUCAUCUUCGAACAAGCCUUUCAAGCCAAUCAGAUUGCGUACGUGGUGAACAGCAUUUCUAGCGUAUACGUGGAGGUGUCGCAUAAGCAUCUGAUGGAGCGUAUUACAUGUCUUGGUAAGUUGAUUGCACUGGAUCCAGCUAACAAUGAACACGAGAUCAUGCUGAGGCGAGAAGAGCUAAACCAAGGCUGUGAAGAAGCUCAGGAAGCCAUUCGUAGAAUUGCUCUUAACAAGAAGAGGGAAAUAACAGAAGCAUUUGACAAAAGAAUUGGAAGAAUUGAAAGCGAAGUAGAAGCUUUACUGCCUCCGAUCUCGGAAAAGAGAGCUGAAGAGAUAAAAGAAAAAGUGAAAUCUAAUAUUGCAAUGUCAAAAGCUGACAUUGAAGCCGAGGUUGAUGACUUGACUUAAAAACUGUUUGCUUUUUUUUGGGUUUUUCGAACUUCAUAAAGUAGGGUGAUAGUAAAACGGUCAAUUUUGAUAUAGACAGUGGAUUUUAAUCAACUAGAAAAAUAGUUUCCAUAGUCCUAGUAUGUAGAGCUCAAGUUAAAACGAUUCAGUACUGUAAUGAAUGCAUAAAAUUUUCGAGGAUAUUGAAAGCUUGUCUGAUUUCACGUGUUCUGUUAAGAGUAUUCAAUGUGAAACUUCUGAACACUUGACGUUUCAAAUCACUCUAUAAUUAUAACAUUCGUCUUACUACCGUAGCAAAGUAUUCUUGUUAAAAUAUCUUGUAAUGUAUACAGGGGCACCCGUCUAGAAUAUGGUUCAAAACCUCUUAAACAUAGCAUUGUUGAACGUAUUUUAGUAUUUAAACGGUAGAUAUAGGCAUAUUUUUAUCCCUUAAACAUGUUUCGUCUGUUCGGAUUUGCUAACUGAAAGUCUAGUGAUCCGAAAAUUAUAGGGAUCAAAACUUACCUUUUCGAAAAUUUCAGCCAGAAAAAAGGCUCCCGAAAACUCUAGAUGACCUUUUUGGGGUAAAAAUCCGUAAAAAAUGAGCAAUUAUACCAUUUUUUAGAUGUUCGAAAAUCCUAGGAGAGGCAGGCAAGCAAGAAAUUUCACGGCAAAUGUUGCGAAAAUUCUAUAUCUCAAAUCGUCUUCCGAACAGAUAUUUUCCGAAAAUUGACGUUGGGUGUCCCUGAUGUGAAGUUUUUGAAGUUUGUUUGCUGAUUAAUUAAAACAUCCGGAUUUGCGCAUUCACUAUGUCUUUUAUGUGGCUAUUUAAGGUUUUGUUACAGCUCAAAAGCCAAAACAUUUCCUAGUCAUUUGAGCACGAAUUUACAUUAUUCCUAAACGUGGUGUAUUUCUUGCUUCUGGAACAGGAGAGCAGAACAAAUAAUUCCGACACGGGACACAUUUCAAUAAUUAGUGAAACAUUAAUUUAUUUUGCACAUUAGUAUUUACACACGAACAAAAUACUCUUCCGGAUUUUGAUAUGUUCUUGACGAUAAGUUAUGCAAUGUGUCAUGUACACCUAGCGAAGUGGAAAAUCAUUUAAAAAACCUAAACAUCCACAAGUCUAAAGGAAUGCGCACUGGAACUA